AUGCAAUUGCACGAAGAAGUGAUUGAUUUUGCCGAGCACGGUGAAAAUAAAAACGUGGAACUACCCGAGUCUAUUGAAAGAGCACUGGAGCUAAAAAAUGAAUUUUCUGAAGAAACUCCAGUGGAUUCUAAAUUAACUGUGACAGUAGAUAGUGGCGAUUCUUCAGUAAAAUUAGUGACGGAUGACCAAGAUAUAGAUGGCAACAAUAAUCCUUCUAAGAAAGCCCACAAGAAGAAGAUAAAAAGAGGUAAGAGGAAGAAGCACAAUCAAAUUAAAUUUACCAGUGAAGAAAAAGUGAACAAUUUAGAAAAGUCCGAAGCUAAAGAUGCUCCAGAAGUUGAGUAUGUUCAAGAUUUGCCAGAAUUGAGUGACUUAGAGCCAAUGUACCGUCAGUUUGCUUCAGUUUUUGAGAAUUUCCGCUUCGCCAAGCCUGAAGAAGUCACCGAGGAGCUUCAGCUUCCAUUGGUUGCUCCAAUAGAUGAGCCAGGGAAGGAUUCUGACGACGAGGAUCCAAAGCAGACUAAACAGCCAGAUGAAAAUGAAGCUACAUUAUCCAACCGAAAGCUUAAGCAGCGCUCACGUCCUAGCAUUGCCCAGUUAAAGCGACUAGUGAGCAAGCCUGAUGUUGUCGAAAUGCACGACGUGACUGCUCGAGAUCCUUUUACGUUGAUACAACUGAAGGCUACGAGGAAUACAGUUCCCGUUCCAAGACAUUGGUGCUCUAAGACAAAAUACUUGCAGCGGAAAAGAGGAAUUGAGAAGCCGCCAUUUGAGCUUCCAGAUUUCUUGAAGCGUACUGGUAUCACGGAGUUAAGAGCGACUCAGCAGACCAUUGAAGCGGAUAAAACGUUGAAGUGCAAAAUGCGUGAAAAAGCGAGGCCGAAAAUGGGCAGAAUUGACAUCGAGUAUGAGAAACUCUACGACGCGUUCUUCAAAUGGCAAACCAAGCCCCGGAUGACUAUUCAUGGAGACCUUUACUACGAGGGCAAAGAGUUUGAGACGAAGCAUUUGGACAAGAAGCCUGGUGUGCUGUCUGAAGAGUUGAGGGUUGCUCUAGGAAUGCCUUCGGGUCACAAUCUUCACAAAUAUCCGCCUCCAUACUUGAUUCAGAUGCAGCGUUACGGACCGCCGCCCAGUUACCCGAAUUUGAAGAUUUCUGGGCUGAACGCGCCUUUGCCAGAAGGAUGCGCCUUUGGGUACCAUGUUGGAGGAUGGGGCAAGCCUCCGGUUGAUCAAGCUGGAAGGCCUUUGUACGGAGAUGUCUUUGGUGUUUAUCAGGAAGCUGAAGAUCAAGUUGAAGAAGCAGAUCGGAAAUUAUGGGGUGAGCCGGAGUCAGAAUCUGAUGAAGAGGAAGAUGAUGAAGAUGAUGACAAGGACAAUGGCAAUGACAAUGAGGACAAUGAGGAAGCUGAUGCCAGUGGUCUUGAAACCCCGAUUGCUGAAAGCGUCAGUGAUUUUGAACCAACCACUGAGGACUUUGCAGCUCCUGAUGAUGCGAUCGAGUUGAGAAAAAAGAAGAUUGAGAAGGAAAUGGAGAACCGUGAUUUCCAGUCUUUGUACACUGUGCUCAGUGAGCGCAAAACUGAAGGCUUAGGGGCCAGUAUGAUGGGUAGCACUCAUGUUUAUGAUAUGACUGGUGCUGGUGGUCAGGUUCCGCCCUCGGUUUUAUCUGCUCGAAGAGGCGCUUCCGGGGGGGAAAAUAUGAAAGCUAAGAACGGUGUUGAGCUUACACUGGAUCCUAGUGAGCUUGAUCUCAAUCAAGAGGCCAUGGCCUCCAAGUACGAGCAGACUAUGCGGAUUAGGAAUGCUGGGUCCAGGCAAGAAGACAUGUCUGACUUGUUGCAGGAACAUUUGAAGCGGCAGAAGGGUCAGAAUAAGAGAAAACAGCCUCAAACUUUGGAUACCAAAGCUGUGAAGAAAUAUAAAGAGUUUAAGUUUUGA